AUGAAUCGGAAUUAUGAUAAAGAGGAAUUAAAUCCAACCAUUCGUUUAAAUCGGUCAUCAUCUCCUACUUAUUACACUCAUGUUGAAGAAUUGGAGGACGAUGAAGAGUUAAAAGGAAAUCCAAUUCAAUACAUGACAGCCGGAGCAAUGGCCGGACUCAUGGAACAUGCUGUCAUGUAUCCUGUUGACACCAUCAAAACCUAUGUCCAAUCAACAAAUAAGGGUAUUUGGCAAUCCAUCCGAGCCAUUGGAAGUUUGAAAAAUUAUUAUAGUGGUCUAACAGUGGUUCUUUAUGGAGCCUUACCGUCACAUGCCUUUUAUUUUGCAACUUAUGAAGCAGUGAAAAGAUUAUUUCAAGGAGGUCGUGAACAACAUUUUACAAGUAAUGCAAGUGUGAGUGCUAUUGCAGGUGUGGCAGCAACUAUUGGUCACGAUGGUAUUGCAACACCAAUUGAUGUGAUUAAGCAACAUAUGCAACUUAAAGGACAUAUUCAAAAUUACAACUUUAUGGAUGCCUCGCGUGAAAUUUAUGCCUUAAGAGGUCUAAGAGGAUUCUUUGUGAGUUUACCUACCACAGUUUUGAUGAACAUUCCAUAUACGAGUGUUCACUUUGUGACCUAUGAAUUUGUUAAGAAGAAAUUAUUCGAACAUGAUGACCAUGAUGAUCAUGAUCACCACCAUCAUGAUCACGAUGAAGACAAAUGGAAACAUGUCAAACAUUUUGCAGCUGGUGGCCUUGCUGGUGCUGCAGGUGGUUUGGUCUCCAAUCCUUUUGAUGUUGUGAAAACUCUUCUUCAAGUUGGACAAGCAUCGAAUGUGAAAGAAGCACUUGCAUUGUUGGGAUCAGAGUCAGGUGGACUCGUAAGAAAUCUAUUCAGAGGAUCGAUUCCAAGAGUGGUAUUCUUUACGCCCUCAGCAGCAGUGACAUGGACGACUUAUGAAUAUGUGAAAUAUGUGUUUAGAUUAUUCAAUAAUAGUAAUAAUAGUAAUGGAAAUCAAGAAAAGAAGUAA